GAAAAGAAAACCCUAGAAUUCAUAACCUCAGCUCCUUUCUUGCCAAUCCCUCCAAGACCCAGAAUCUAGUUCGUGCCAAUUGGAAAGUAAACAAUAUCAAUUUAUUGAAUAAGCAUCUGGAGUUCUCAGACUUGCGAUCUACAAUCGAACAAUUUGAAGAUCGCAGAAAAUGCACGUGUUGCAGAUCAAACCGCCGGCGAUUUUUAUCCUUGUCGUUCUUGUCACCACCCUCCUCCCGCCAACCGUCCGAUCCAACCCUAAUCCCAUCAAAUUGCCCUCCGAUCAAGCGGAAAAUGACAUCUGCCCUUUGAAUUCCAACCCUGAUGUCUGCCCGGUGAAAUGCUUCCGGCCCAACCCGGUUUGUGGGGUCGACGGCGUCACGUACUGGUGCGGUUGCUCCGAGGCCCAUUGUGCUGGCGCGCGAGUGAAGAAAUUAGGGUUUUGCGAAGUGGGCAAUGGCGGGUCGGGCACCGCGGGCCAGGCGCUGCUGUUGGUUCACAUUAUUUGGCUGAUCUUGCUUGGGCUAUUCACUAAAGCUUAUUAUGAUAUUCUCCAUUUCUUGGCUUGGUUUGGUGAUUUCUCGAGAGCAGAGAAAGAAGAAAAGGGAAGAGAGAAAAGGCUCUUGUGAAAACAAAAUUAUGUAGCCGUGGAAAAUCUGGAAAAUUUCCAGCGCCAUCUCUAGAUAAAUUUCCUUGUUAUUGCAUCAACCUCAUUUUUCCAUGCAAGCCGUGGGUUUUGUAUAUGACCAGAACUAGGUUUAGAUGUCGAUUUUGAUGUCCAGCCUCGGGCAUGAUAAUCCCUUUGAGCUUGGUUUUCUCAUCAUUUUUCGAGUAUUCUGAUAGCAUUUCCACGGUCAUACUAUUGCUUUUAUGUGUGUAUAGGUUUGAUUUUACGUCAGAAAAAUCAAGAAGGAUAUACUAUGGAGAAAAUGAUACUAAUCUUUGGAAAAGUAGGAAGAUGAUGUAAAGAUGACAGAGAAUCCUUUGAAGCCUGUUUUUUUUUCUUCUUUUCUGGUGAUUAUGUCUCUCUUUUUGAGAUACUGGCAAUUAUAAUGGGAUUUUCGAAAU